AAUAUGAAGACCAAGAUAGCUUAUGAAAUAGGGGUGACCUACAUCAACCAUCGGAUGAAAGUUAGAGUUUUCAACGGAGAAACUUUUAAUGAUCUCCUCCAAAGAUUAUUCUUUAUUCUUAGUAUUGACAGAAAUGAUAGAUUGUACGCUUUGAAGCAAGAAGAGAAUGAUCACCUGAUCUAUAAUAAUGAUGAGCUAGUCCCAGAUGAAUUUUAUCAACUGACCAUAGCUGAUACUCAGGAUAAAUAAAGACCUAGUUGCACCUUUCCAAUCCCAACCAAUCAUUGAUAAUCAUGAUGAUCCCGGAAGCACUAGAUCUAAGAAGGGAACAAGUGAGUCAAGGAAUCGAACUUAUUAUGGAUUUCCUCUAGUACAGUGCUACUCUAAGGCAAAAAGACCAAAGAAUCAACCCAAGGAAUUGUAUUGCCCUUUCCUUUCAUGACUAAAGAAAUUUUCAGAAACUGGUAAUUUAAAAACACAUAUGAGAACUCAUACAGGAGAAAGACCAUUCGUUUGCAAUUUUGAAGAUUGUGGUAAAGGAUUUAUCACUAAAGGACAUCUUAAGACUCAUUAUCUUAUUCAUUCUGGAGAAAAACCUUUUAAAUGAGAUUAUCCAGGAUGAAAUAAGCAAUAUUCACGCUCAGGAAGACUUAAGAUUCAUCAAAGAACACAUACAGGAGAAAAGCCUUAUAUUUGUCCGAUCAAAUCAUGUGAAAAAUAGGUUUACUGAAAAAGGAAAUUUAAAGACUCACUUGAGAAUUCAUUCAGGAGAGAAGCCAUUCUUUUGAGAAUACGAUGGUUGAAACAAAAGUUUCACUACCCAAGGUCAUUUAACAGAUCACAAGAGAAGACAUUCAGGUGAAAGACCUUAUGAAUGUAAUGACUGCAAGAUUAGAUUUAUGAGAUCGGGAACUUUGAAAAAGCAUCAAGUUAAAUAUAAGGGAUCAUGAGCUGAUAUCUCUCAUGAUGAUGUCUCUUCAUACCUAGAUGAUAAUGAUGCUUCGCGAAACUCGGCUAACUUGAGCAUAAAAGGGAAAAGGCAGAUUCUCUCUAGAAGUAAAGAUAAAAACAGUCAGCUCAACUCAAAUACAAACUUUCUUCUUUUAGAAGAAAACAAAGAAGAAAUUAAGAUGAGAAAAUAAUGAAUUUGGGCCUCAAGAUGCAUUCAAAAAUCCAUUUGAUGCUGACAAUUCAGCUGAUAAAGAAAGGAAAGAGGAUCCAUUUGCCCCUAAUCCUGAGCUAAGACUUGGAGGUCAAGGUUCAUCUCAAAGAAAAGCUAAUAAAGAGUUGAAUCAAUCCAAAAAGGACCCAUUUGCUCCAGAUGAGUCAUUCAAAGAUCCUUUCGCUAAUAAUUUUAAAGAUCCAUUUGCUUCUGAAAAACCAAGAGAUCCCUUUGGUGAUAAUAAAGAUAAUGCUGCUUUCAAAGAUUCUGGAUUGUCUCUAGGACUCAAAGAUCUGAGUGGUUCAAAACCUACAGUCUCAAUCAAUUAUGCCAACAAUGUCUUCAAGACUGGGAUUCCUUCUCCAAUGGGGAAUUAUUUUCCAUCUGGGAUGGAUAGCGGAACAGAAGCUGCAAGAGCUAAUUUCUAUUUCCAAUAUGGAAGACCCCAAGCAUACCCAAUGUUUAGUCCAUCUGGAGCUGCAUCUAAUACAAGAGCGGGAUUUGGAAGAAAAGAAAUGGAUCAAUCUCCAAGAGUAGACAUCCAUCCUGGUAUUUUUCAAACUCCUACUAGUAGAGGUAUUAAUGUCAUGAAUCCAGGAGAAAUGUCAGGCAGAAGAGCUGACCCUGGAUCAUUUGGAUGCUCUCCUAGAGAUAUUUCUACCACUAAAGCUGUGUUUAAUCAGCAAAGCAAUUUUUCAAAUCCCAAAAGAGACGAUAAUUCAACUCAAAUGAAGUUUGGCGGAAAAGAUAUCAUGACUCCUCAAGGAAAUUACUUCUCUGGGUCUCCUUAUGCUGUACCAGGAUAUCAACCUGCUUUCUUUGUUCCCCAAGUUGGCAACACUCCUACCGGAGGUAGUUUUGGAGCAUCUCCUGCUGGCUGGAGCUUUAAUAUUCCUCCUUCACCAAAUACUGGAGCUCACAAUGGAACCUCCCCAUUCAACCCUGCAAUGGCUUUUACUCAAGUUGAAGGAAGUUCGAAAGAUCAUUUAUCACCUACUUUUAAUGCAGCAAAUGAUGCAAAGAGAAAAAUUAAUAUGAUGACUGGUCAAGACUCAGCUAGACAGUAUAACUCAAGCAUGAACCAAAACUAUUAUAACAAAGCUAAUCCUGGACAGAAUUUUCCAGUCAGUCCUGCCAACGCUUUUAGCUUCUCAUGAAAAUCAGACUGCUCUCCAGCCCCUCCAAUAAGCCGGACUUACAGUUUUUCAAAAAAGCAGGCUCAACAGAACCCAAAAGAUGAUUCUAAAAACGACCAGUCAAAGUAACUAAUUGUACUAAGUUCUAA